UCUACAUUUCCUGAACUUGAAAACUUUCCUGGUCUUACAUCCUUCGAUUCUGUUUCUUUAAUUGAUGCCAGCAACGUUUCUUCUUCAACUAAUUCUAUAGCUUCGACCUCUAUAAAUCCUAAAAAUUCUGCUGAGUCGACUUCUCCUACUUCAAACAACAAACAUGAAUUAGUAUUGAAAUCCCUUUUAAAAUUGUUUGCUGAUAAACGAGCUCAGAUAACUUAUUUCUCUAUGAACAACGUACCUACUUUAUUGCUUAACGAUAAUUAUUUUGAGAAUUUAAGAACAAUAAAUUUUGGUGCGGUAUUGAUGGAUACGGGUAUACGACCAUUAUUCGAAGGUAUUCGAUACAUGAAUUUGGAAUGGGAUGCUUUGUCGUUGGAUGGAUUUUUAUAUGCUCUUGGGAAUGUUUGCAAGAAUUUGGAUUCCUUGUCAACAAAUUUUGCGCAUGACCCAGUAACUUCAUCUUUAUUUUUAAACAAACAACAAGCCACCGAUCUAGCAAUAUUUAUUUGUUCUCAAACUUCUCUAUCCUCAUUCAUUCUCCAAAAUUAUCAAUAUUUCACCAAUUAUUUUUUGGAAUCCUUAAACACCCAGAUUAACUCCUUAAAACGACUCGAAUUUUACGCCGUAGAUUUUGAAGGUUGUACUUUUGAAGUCGUGGCAAGUUGUAAACAAUUAGAAUAUUUAAGUAUUGUGGAAUGUAUGAAUAUUACCUUCGAUACGUGUUUCCCUUUGUUUUACACAAAAUUUUCGAGACUAAGACGUGUUGAAGUUAUGGAUUGUAGUAGAUUUAUCGAGAAACAAACAAUAUAUGAUGAUGAUGAUUUUGAAAUUCCUGAAAGCCCUAAAAAUGAUCCUUCAAUGGAAUAUCAUACUUCUUUAAAAUCUUCAACGGUUUUAUUAAAACCAUCUUCAUCACAAAAUAAAUAUAUGUUUUCAAAAUUUGAUCGGAAAAUACCUGCUUCAACAAGACAUCAUAUAGUAUUACAUUCUAAUGAUCCAGGUUUCACGACUUCUCUUCCUAUAGAACUUCUUAAAUGGGCUCAAUCAAAAAAUCACCCCGUUCCAUGGUAUCAUGUUGAUCUUUCUCUUUCUAAUAUUCUUUCUUAUUUUACUUUUGAAAAUAUAAGAGAUUUCUUUAAAAUGUUAUAUUAUACC